AUGAGUUACUACACUAGGAAAGAACCUACAGCGUCAGGCCAGAAUGCUUCGACCAAUUUAGACCAGGAUUUGCAUCUCUCCAGAGACGCAAAGUACAAGAAAUCUGAGGCCGAAGUGAAGGAGUGGAUCUUCAGUACGCUCAAUGUACCGCAGCAGAAGGUGCAAGAGUUUGAACAUCAUCAACAAGACCUUAUAGAUAUUCUAAAAGACGGAGAGUUCUUGUGUAAGCUUGGAGAUUUGGCUCUUCCUGGCGGUCCAACCAAAAAGUAUAAAAACCUGAGGAUGCCCUUUGUACAAAUGGAGAAUAUUCUGUUUUUCCUUCAAACCUGUGAACACUUGGAAGUACCACACGACGAGAUCUUCCAGACAAUUGACUUGUUCGAGAGGAGCGACCCAUAUCAGGUUAUUAUCACAUUAAUAUCUUUUUCAAGAAGGGCCAAUGAAAAGACCGCCAAGAUCCCCGUGAUGGGGCCUAAGGUGGUGAAGGUGAAACCCCAGGUACCCAAGAAACCUCUUAGCCUAAGAAAUUAG